UGUGUAAAGGGUCACGUGACCGGAACAGUAUCAUCCUAGUGUCCUUCUCACAUUAGAUCUUGGUUAAAAUACUCUGUUGUUGUUAUAUUGAUCUGUUGGUAAACAAUGUCCUUUUGUUCUUUUUUCGGGAAGGAAGUUUAUAAAGAUCAUUUUAAACCUGGAAUGUAUGUUUGUUCCCAAUGUGGACAUCCACUCUUUUCAAGCAGGUCCAAAUAUGAACAUUCAUCCCCUUGGCCUGCUUUCACAGAGACCAUGCGAGAAGACAGUGUAACAAAAGUUAUGGAGACAUUUACAGCAUAUAAGGUUCUGUGUGGCAAGUGUGGCAAUGGACUGGGCCAUGAGUUUCUGAAUGAUGGGCCAGAGGAGGGCUUAUCACGUUUUUGAAUAUUCAGCCACUCGCUUAAGUUUGUCCCAAAAGAUAAGGUUGAUAAACACUAAAGCGAGAUGAACACCUGCUGCUGAUGAUGAUGCUGUUGCACACACGCACAACAGGAUGCAGUUUAUGAAGUGAACAAGGAAAAACCCAUGUCAGGGGUCCUGUACACAGAUGUAUUAUUGCCAUCCUGAGAUUCAGAGAUUAAAGUAGUUUUAUCUAUUUUUAUAUUAGCCUGCAUAAAAUAUGCAAGAAUGAAUGGCAUUACUUUCUUCAAACCCAUUUUAGAUUUUUAAUGUUAAUUUUGAGCCUUAAUGAUAAUUUCCUGUAAUUUACAGGACUACUGUAUGUGUCAUAAUUUAGAUGAUGUUAUGUUAUAUUUGAUCAAAUGUCUUUUUGCAUGCCAUUAAUUUUGGCGUAGUAAAAUGAGUUUAUUUUAUCUGUGUUAUACAGAUAAGUUAUACAUAAUGUAUCAUAAAUGUCUCUUCAUGUUGUCAUUGAUAAAUAUUAUUAAAAGUUGAAAUCAUAUUGCUGUUUGAUUUUGAAUGUGUUUGCAUUGGAUUCCCCCUUAUAAAAAGCAUCACGCAGUAUAACGAACCCGCCAAAACUACGCAGAUAGUGGUGGUAACGGUCCGUUUUGGAGCUCGUGACCUGUUUGGCUCGCAAAACACUGAUACGUAUUACAUCUUACUACUAUAAAAUAAAUGUAAAUUGCUGUUUCAUUUGUUAUUAUUAUAUGAUAAUACAGCUAAGUUACGAUAAAGUAAGAAAUUCGCUACGAAACGCUUUCACCUCAAAAACUCUUCAGGUUGCUUACUGAGAGGAUUUCGG